AUGAAACUGGAGAGCAAGCUUAAUUUGAUUAUAUUAGCAAGCUUUAUUAUAUUAAUAUAAUAUUGAUUUUACUGGGAAAUUCGUCAAGCUUUACAAAAUUAUUUGUUUAACAUUUUGAUUAAGAGAGGGCGGCAUAAAAAGUUCCUACGAACGAAAAUGGACGCGAGAGGAUAUAAUUGGGCAGUAAACGUCAACUUUUAUGUAAUUUCCAGAGGACAAUGGAGAUAAAAACCGAGACUCCCUAUUUAGCUAACCCAUUAUCUCCUAAAUAUACGAGGAGAAACCCCAACCGAUCAAGGACCAGUCGUACUCGCACUGAUCAGAAAGCUGCCCGGGAUGGUAUAGAAAGCAAAAUUUCUCUGCAUCGACCUAUUUCCCAGCAAUUUAGCAUAACUUGCCGCUGGAAAUUUAUGGCUCACUCAGCCUCUCAUCUUCAUUAAGAAUUAUUGUGUACAUAAACUAAAGCAUAAAAGCUAAACUUGAAUAUAGUUUUAUUAGGAAUAAGCCGAAGUUUUCUGAUGCUUAUU